AUGGUCAAAUUUACCUCAAAAACAAUCCCUACACCUUCUUACCUCCUCUAUAUAAGUCCCUUUAAAACCGGCUUUCGCAUAUUCAAUUCUCUUUUUACUGUCUUUCUAACAUUCCUAGCAGCCUCUUUCAUCAUCUCUCUCCGUAACUCUUCUUCUCUUUCCAGCCUCUCCGCUCUUACUACUUCAUCUUUCAGCUUUUCGAUAAUCCCAAAAUACUUUUCCUCACUGCUAAUUUUUCCCACCAUAAAAUUUUUCACGUCAUCGCUUCCUUCAACAAAAAUUUUAUGCUAUCAAGCAGUAGGAUCAACACUUUCCAACUCUAACUUAUAUAUAGUUCUCUUAACCUCCUUCAACAGCUUUUGA